UAUAGUGCAGUCUAUGGUCAAGGACUUCAAAUUUUCUGAGGCCUAGGAGUGUACCGAAUGUAAUCACAGUGUUCAAUGCUAUGGAUAAUGGCAGGAGGUAAAUCAGGCGUUGUGACACGCUGUCAAGCUGAACAAGACUUUUAUUUGAAUCCUCCAAUACCAUGGAAAAGGGCCCGAGUAAGCAGCCCAGCAAGGUUUAAAAAACGAUCACAUAUCCUGUAUCCUUUUUAUGUCACUUUCGAAUAUGGUGCAGCAGAACUGAACCUAUAUAAACGCAUUUCAUCGGAGCUGCAGUAUAUUUGGAGGAAAGAAUUUGAAGCACUAAAGGCAGUUCCUGAACCAAAAGAUGGCAUAUAUUUCAUCACUGAUGACAGAGAAAAUGUCAAGAAAUUAUGUCUUGAAUUCUUCCAAUUUUCAACCAAAACAACCCAUUGCAAGCAAUGCGAAGAGCAGUCCAUUGAUAAAGAAUCUGUUUUUGUGUGUUAUCUCGGAGAUUCGUUUUGGGAAGAUAAGAUAUCCUUUGAUUCUUUAAAUUCCUUGGUGAAGGACAUUGACAGAUCAUUGCUUUUUUUCAUAGUCGAUUCUCAUUUUGAUAUUGAAAAGAAAGUCAAGUUGGUCGUCAGGAAAGCCCAAUGUCAUGCAUCACAUGUCCUGAGAGUCAACGCUGAAAAAUCAAUAAUAUAUGAGAAAUGCUACUUCAAAUUAGAAAAGACAAUUGACAAUUCUUUAUCGCUUUUAAAAGCAAAACCAACAACAAGACAAGUCAGCGGAUUUGUCAAACAAUUGGAAGAACUUAAAGAAAAACUUUUCGCCAGAAAAUUCCGUGUACGCUCAAAACUUACAAAAGAGUGUGUUAAAAAGAUUAGAGCUGGAAGAAAAUAUGGAGUCGUUGGAUACAGGCUUUGUGAUGGGACUCUACACAUUUUUUAUAGUAAUCAGAAUCCAAAUCUCAGAAACAAACUCCAAAAAGCAAUAGAAACGCAUUUUCAAGGAGAGAUAGAAUUUCAGUUGCUAAAAGAAGCAUUAAAUCCUCAGUGUGUGAUCAAAUGUGGAGGUGAAAUUGUAAAUGAAGAAAAAAAGAUUCAAGGCAGUUUAGGAAUGUUUGGAGAAAUUUCAAGUACACAAAACCUCGAUGACACUUUGUCAAACGUUGUAGCCAUUACAUCCGGUCAUCUUUUCAAAGAAGGGGAUAUUGCAAAAGUCCAACAUCUCCAGGUUCUUAAAACCAUUGGCCGCUGCAUUUGGCCGAAUGAAAAUGUGUAUGAAAUGGGAAGAUCAGUUGAUAACGUGCAUGAUGUCUCCAUUAUAUCAGUACAUAAAUCAGUACUUGGAUUGUUACUGAAAACUAUUGAAGGAUUAAACGAAAGUAUUCAUGUUUAUGAACAACCUCUUUCAACACUAACCGACAGAAUGGUAUUUAAGUAUGGUGCGACUACAUCAAAAACAGAGGGAUUCGUCCAAAAAGUAAGCGACUUUGAAUUAUUUGGUGGCGAGGUUAUGGUAAUCUUGCCACAUAUUGCUUUUGAACAAUUUUCCGACAAAGGAGACAGUGGAUCUAUCAUUUUGACGAGAGUUGGAGACAAUCUGUACGCAGUUGGUAUUAUAUAUGGCGGGGAGUUGAUGCUUCUGAACGCGGAAUGCUUCAGUGCAAAAAAAGAAACAAUCGCAGCUAGCCUUCGAGUGGCUCUUGAUCGUUUCAAUAAGGCAACUACAAAAUCUAUCACAUUCGACAAAAUAUAGUGUGGCUUGAAAAUUUAUCAAGACAUUUAAUCAGGUAUACCCGUCAUGAACUAUUUAUUUACCAGAUGACAAAUUUUUCUGUCGACAUGCGUUAUAUGCCGACAACAGGUAGUAUAAGAAGAACAACGCAUCAAAUGAAAACUAACAUUUUCUAUCAACGAUAUCUUAAUUGAAUGGAAACUGUGUAACAACCCAAAAUCAUUAACAUUGAAAUAAAGCUUUAUUAGAGUACACAUAUGUGCAUGAUAUUCCAGUACCGGCUCAUGCCAUUUUGCCCUGAAAAUCAUUAUCUUUUCCAAAUCAUUUUUUUUUUUAAAUCUCGCACCUAUAGAUUUUUCUCCUUAAGUCUGUUUGAGAAUAAUUUGUUUGUUUUUUUACGCCACCAAUUAUAAGUAAAACGCCACGAAUUCAGACCUUAUUCUUGGUCCUACUGGUCAUCCAAACAUUUAACAGUCUCGUAUGAGGACCUUCUUGUCGUGUUAUUCGAAUUGGCGACGUACGGGUCUACUCCUUACUCAGCUAUUUUACAAGUGUAACCGUCUUAACUCUGUACCGUGUGUGAGUCCACAUCUAAUAAAGAUUAAAGAUACACACAACACUUUGAAAUCUCCUCCUGAAACCUGUGGUUUUUCCCUUACACUAAAAUAUGAAAUUAAAAUUCAAACACUGUUUUCUUUUUUUCCUAUUGUGAUUGUACCCGUAAAGACAGAUUAUUGUGCUCAACUUUAUAGUAUUAACUCAAAGAUCAAAAUUAACUUGCCUACGAAUGUUCAAAAAAGCAUGUUUGAAAAUUUUGAAAACUUUUUUCCCCAAGAAAAUUGUAUUGUACAUCAAAAUUACCAACAUUUCUAUUUACAGAUGAAGAUAAAGAAUUCGAUUAUUCUGAAAACCGUUUGUUGAUUAAUGGGAUUCAUCCAUGCACAUAUUUUUACAUGCUGAAAAUUUCUAUUCAUUCAUUUUUUUUCCUUAUCCCAUUAGUUUUUAGUGUGCAACUUUUUGCUAUUAACUUUUAAAUAAAGUUUAACUUAUAUACAGCUUUUUCAAAUUAUGUUUCAAAAUAUCGAUUUUUUUCUCUUUUUCCUCUCUCAAUGGUAUGUAUCUUGCGAUUGGGGAUGUCUACUCUUCCUAGGCACUUAACUAAUCCCAUCAGUGGAAUUCCCAGGGGUCAGUGUUCAUGCCCUGAUCUGGAAAUUUGAAUUGUUUGUAUUUUUGAUGUGAUCGUUCAGUGUUGAUUAUCUUUACCUUUUUCAAUGCAGCUAUGUUUAUGACAAUUCUAUAUACAGAUACAGUAUUUUUCUUACUUUAUUCUAACUUUGCAAAUUUUUAAUCAACUUUGCCUUAAAAAUUUUUUCACUUAAUUCUAUAUUAUACAUAUUAUCAUAUAUUAGUACAUAUCGUUAUA